AUGACCGGAAGUACCGCGGCCGUUUGCGACGAUCUAGAUCUAGAUCCAACUCAAUGGCUAGCAGGAGGAGGCAUAGAUACUCUUCAUCAUCAGCAUCAUCCCAGUUUAUCCACUUCUAAUGCACCAGAGGUCGUGGAUCCUCUUCAAACAGACCUCGAUCAGAGGGUUUUAAGUGCUAUGGGUGCAAACCGCAAAAAGCAAACGUUAGUGGGAGAACCACUACAUGAUAUUCUAGCCAAUCAUUGUGGUUUAUUGUUGAAAACGGGAUUGUCUGAGGAUCAGUUGAACGAGACGUUGGCAAAAUAUCCAACACCAGAGAAUUGCCCUUUUGUUGUUCCUGUCAAAUUGAAUGCUAAAAUCAGAGCUGCUCUUAAUGAAGCUGGUCGUAAAAGAGAUGAGAGAUUAAUUGCUCGUCAAAAAGAGGUUGGUAUCGCCUUGACAGCAGAAGCAAGGGCCCAGUCAAUUCUAUUGAAUCGUCCAGAUAAAGACGAAGAGACAUUGAAGGCAUUGGCUGAAGCUCCUUUGGACACUUACCUGUUCGAAGAAGAUUUAGGUGAGCGAAUCAAAACGGCCAAAUCUAUUAGCAAGUCAGUUGCUGAUCUUAGGGCUGACUCUUCCAAACCGAAGUAUGCACCACAGACCCUCAAGGCCCAAAACCCAAACUCCUUGGGCCCACUUCGACAAAAGAAAUACAAACCUCAACGCCGAAGUGGGCAAAACAGGUACUAUCAGGAAUCUCGAUUCCCAAAGGAAGAAGAGAGGGGGGAAAGAGAGAGGGGCAGGAAGUUCCCUCCGAGGAAGUUCAACAAGUAG